UGCUCUACAUCUCUACAUCACUUCCUGCUCCUCCUUCUGAUACACAAAGCACAGCAGAGACUCUAGCUGGUUCUUCACAUUCAACAUGAUGCCAUCUCGUUUCAUCGUUUCCAUCAUCACUGUCUUCUGCUUUAAAGGAGUUUACCUCAGUAAAGAAAAACAAGUAUUUCAGACUCCACAUGAACUGCUGAUGAAACCAAACGGUGAAGUCAACCUGAGCUUCACACAUCAAAUCCCGAGCUAUGACACUAUUCUCUGGUAUCAGCGUUCAGCAGGAGACACUUCCCUAAAGCUGAUUGGCUAUAUGUAUUAUAAGACUCCUAAUGUUGAGCCGGCAUUUCAAAGCCACUUUAAAGUGAGUGGCGAUGGAGAGAAAACUGCUUAUCUUCACAUCCUGAACCUGACGCACCCUGAAGACAGUGGAGAAUAUUUUGGAGCAGCAAGUCAGGUGAGCGCUGUUACAUUCCACCAAUCUCUUCCCCAGAUAGUGAAGGAGAAAAUUGAGGUCCAGAUUAACUGCAGUCAUAAUGAUAAUAACCUUCUAUUAAUGCUCUGGUAUCAGCAAAGAAAGGACAGUCUGUCUAUGACCCUCAUUGGGUAUGGAUAUGAAAGUUCCCCAAGCUAUGAGGGUCAGUUUGAAGAACAGUUCAAGCUGACAAGAGAAGGCACAACAAGAGGAACUCUGACUAUUCGCAGCGCAAACCUGUCACACUCGGCUGUUUAUUUCUGCGCAGCCACUGAUAACAACAAUCAGCCUGCUUACUUUGGCCAAGGAACCAAACUGACGGUUUUAGGUAAAUAUUUCAAACCAGACCAUGCUGUUACCAAACCAAAAGUGACAGUGCUUCCACCUUCGCAAAAAGAGUGUCGAAACCCAAAAAACAAGGAAAGGGAGAAGACCAUUGUUUGUGUGGCCAGUGAAUUCUACCCAGACCAUGUCAGUGUGUCCUGGAGGAUUAAUGGGUCCAAUGUCAGAGAGGGGGUGGCGACGGACAACGCUGCCCUGCGGGUCGGAAAGUAUUACCGAAUCACCAGCAGGCUGAGGGUCGCGGCAGAAACUUGGUACAAUCCCAGCAUAAAGUUCACCUGCAUUGUCACUUUCUACAAUGUGACAAAUACUGACUAUCCAGCCCACAUUUUUGGUGAAACAGCUGUUGGAGAUGGCAUGACAAGAGAUAAAUAUUUGAGGAUCACACAGACUGCCAAACUCUCCUACGGUGUUUUCAUCAUCAAGAGCUGCAUCUAUGGAGCCUUUGUUUCGUUUUUGGUGUGGAAACUUCAGGGUUCAGCUGGAAAGCAACACAACUGAGAGCUGAGCUGAGGCCUGAACAAAUGGAUUCUAGGAGAUCAGUAGUGUUGGUUUCUGUAAAUAAAGGUUGAAAACAUUGAAGUUAUAUUUCCACAACUUUAUAUGUUGCAGUGCAUUUGUGUUUGUUACUCAAUUAGAUGAUCGAAUUCUGCUAAAAUAGAUGAACUAUGUAUAUUCUAGUUAUAAUCUUAAAGCUACUUUGGCAUCACAUUUUUAGACAUACUUAAUAAUUCUGUGUAUUUGUGAUUGUGAAUCGCUUGUUUGCUUAAUUUUCUUCUCAAUAAAAGUAUUUCAGAGGA